CUACUUCUUGAUCCUAGGCUUCCUUCUUCCAUUUACUCAAUUGUCAAAGUCGACGAAAGGAGAUUGGGUCGCAUAACACCUAAGCAUCACCUCAGAUAUAUCAAGGUUCUUGCGUGGUCACCAUGCAACGGAGUCACAGCUACACCUACCCUCAGACCGCUAUGGUCGGACACUCUAGAUACGCGUCUACGCAUGCCACCAGCUCUGCUUUCAGUGCCUCUGCCAACCCCAACGAGGACUGGACCAAGAUCUCUGACCUAGCUGAACGAAGACGGAUACAAAACCGGAUCGCUCAGCGAAACUACCGCAAGAAGCUCAAGAGAAGACUCGAGGACCUGGAACGCCGCGCUGGUUCUUCCUCCACUUCUCCAGAACAGUCCCACUCAGAAUUAGUGACCAGCACUCCGGCUAAGGAAUCCAAACAACCUCAAAGUAUGGCUCGCCAAAACUCCCGGUCGAGUACGCAGGACGCUCAGCGAGCAUCGCCAGAGAUCUUACCCCUAGACGACCACUCUUCAAUAUUCGACACUCCGGCAGCUCGUCAUCUCUCAAUGAACUCUCCUCCGGCUUUCACCUUCUCUUCGUACCCGCCUACAACGUCUUAUCUACAGUACGAGCAUCAGCAGCAAUCAGUCUACGACAGCACGCCGAGCUACUACUCAAGCUACCAGUACCCAGUUGAUGUCACAUCAUCCAGCCUACCGCCCACGUUACCGGCGAUGCUUCCUUCGGCAUACGGGAAACAAGACCAUCUCUUUGCGGACGACGACGUGCUGAAUCCGUUCAGCAUGAACUAUGCCUCUCUAGCCGGCCUAGAGAUGCCUUCAAACCACGCCUACACGGGGGCAAGUUCUCAUGUAAAUCCCACCGCUUUCUUCACUCGUUCAUAUUCUAGCCCGCACUUUUGAGCAGCAGCAAAAAAGACAUUCAUGUGCCAGCUCGGGCGUCCGGACUCCCCUCCCAAUCAUCGACUUGCAUUAGCAGCUCGAAUGCUGACUUCCUCUGGCUAGACACCACCGCUCACAGAUCCAUACUCACUCGACUCGGCGCACAAUUCGCCCAACUACUUCGAUGUACCGCUCACACCAGUGUCGAGAACCGCAAGUCCCAACAUUCAGUGGUUCGACAUCGGCUGCAUGUGAGCAGCAAGUCUAGAGAGGCUGGCAAUUAGCGUUUCGUAGCCCAG